CGCUUAAUGAACGGAACAAAAUCCAUCGAAGCGUCUGCUGAAGAAGGAAGUCCCACCAAAAAGAAAAUGCCAAGAAAAAGACGUAACAAGAAGGACCCAGUCGUCCAGAAACUGAAUUUUGACAAGGAAUGUGAAGAAACCACAACCAUCGGAGGCUCGUUUGAAUCAGAUAGGAUCUCUGAGGGGGGAGCCUCCGUUGAGCAUGAGAUCUGGGGAUGUGUUCCGAGUCCGGAAGCAGGUGGCCCACCAACCGCGUCAGAGCAGUCGGGCUACGCCGAGCUGAUACCAACGGACUUCGCGCACCGCGACCGUUUUAGGUUCUCCUGGCCAUACGGGCUGACGGAAGAUGACGACUCACCAAACCGGUUUCUAGUCAUGUGUGCAUGUCUGAUCGUCUUAAUUCUGGUUGUGCAAUGGAUCAAAACUGAAGGAUACACUUUGUGCUUGAGGUGGUACAUGGAGUUGUUGGACAAUGAAGAACUCGGCAACAGCGAGGAAAUGGGAACAUUGUCUUUCUUUAGUCUCUUCUCGGGCAUAUCAGGUUUUCUGUGGUCUCUGCUCGUCUCCUUCCUCCUUGGGUUAUCGUGUUUGCUCUUCUCCUGGAGCCUCACCUACCAAGAUUCCCUGCGGCCUGGCGAGUUUCCUCCUUCCCCCCUCUCUCCCAAGAAGUUCAGGAAGCGAUCGGGACACUCCUUCCACUCGAGCUACGUGAUGGCCAUCAUCAACGGGAUUGCGGUGUUUGCCUUGUCAGCCUGGUGGCUCUGCACAUAGCUUUAUCUGCCGAUGGGUGUGGUUAGGUAUUGUGGUAACGCUGUGGGUUCAGGUGCCCACAACUUUUAGUGUGUUCGUGUUGUGAGGGUGUGUGGUUUGGUAGGCAAAUUAAGGUGCAUUUCUGGUUGUGGUCAGCAAGGUAAACUCCAGUACUCAUCUUACCUGAUGGCUUCACGCGCGUUUUCAUCUCACAUGGGUGUGGUCAGAGCAUGGGCAUGGUCAGUGUGGUUCUGAGGAUUGAUCACAAUUGCUGGAUAUAUAUUUACAUCGUCAGGGCACUAGGUUGGGAAAAGCUCGACUAACAUUUCCCUCUAGCUCGAAUGAGAACCUAAAAAGCUGCUGUUCAUGUUUAAAUUAUGUCCGGGAUAAAGUUCUUGUUGAUGUACAGUAUUUCAAAAGCAUGAUUUAUUACCAGUUUAGUUUCUGGUUUCCUCUGUGGCUGUUAGUCCAUUUGACCAGAUUUUUAAUUUUAAGUUCUUCAGGUAUUUUCUUUUUCAAGUGUGAAUAGUGAUCUGAGAAAUAUCUUGAGUUUAUUUAUUUUGGCACAUAUUGCUGGCUCGUGUUUUACAUGUGUAUAUUUUUUUUGUAAAAAGACUUAAAAACGUGAUCGUCAAAAUUUAUCAGUAUUUCGGCCAAGGGAAAUGCAUGAUACAACUUUCAUUUCUGUUUUGUAGUUCAGGUUAAAAUAUUCGCCUAAAACAUCACUGUGUAGAAUGCACAUAAUUUUCACUAAUUGAUAUAAAAAAUUGAUUGAAAAAAUAAGACAGCCACUUUAAAAGAUACACAUUUUUACUCAAGUGAAAUGCAAUCUUUUAAAUUUUGUUUUAAUGACCCAACUGUUUUACUGUCAGUCAAAAACUGAAUAUAAAUUUUGUACCUAGGUAUGCUAUAAACGGAAUGCAUUGUUUUAAGCUGCACAAAUAUUUUCUGGAGUACAAUAUGUACAGGCCUAGUUUCAAAAGAUACAACUUUGAAAUUUA